AUGGAGCUGAUUUGUAAGACAGUCGUCUUCUUUCUGUUAGUCUCUCCCAGCCUUGGGAUAGAUGGGGAAUUUGCUCAGAAUUUUAUCGCCAUUGCUGGACCUCUACACAGCAAGUUAGUAAAUAGAUUUCAUCUGCAGAACCACGUCCUACCCAAGGAAGAUCAGGGCCCUGCCGUGGCUGAAGCCCAUGAUUACCUGUGCCAACAAGAUCUUGUGGCUCCUGAGCUGCCCCAGUACUUCUCCUACCUUCAUGAGAUCGGGGUGACGCAUUACAAAGUCUUCCUGCCAUGGGCAUACAUUCUUCCGAAGGGGAAUGCCAGGAAGCCAGACAAAGCCCAAGUGCAGUGCUACCAGGAGCUGCUCAAGACCCUUGUUGCUGCAGACCUCAGGCCGGUGGUAGUUCUGCAUCACCAGCGUGUCCCUGACGCUGUGGCCACGCAGGCCAUGGGUAGGAAAGCCAACGCUUUUGCUGACCUUUUUGUGGAAUAUGCAGAGUUCAGCUUCCGUGUUUUUGGGGACCUGGUUGAUGUGUGGCUCACCUUCAGCGACCUGCCGGAGGUCCUGAAAAGCCUGCCUUACGAUGACCCCCAGUACCGAGUCCAGGCCCUAGCUGCCGCUCAUGAAAGAGCUUACACCCUCUACCACGAGAAAUACUCGCCGGCAGGUGGAAAACUGUCCAUUGCUUUAGGAAUGGACGAUGACAUCCUUUCUGUAAAGACCAAACUCUCUGUUAGUAGUUGUCUUCACCUAGAGGAUGAUUCGGUAGACUUUCUGUCUCUCAGCAUUCAGUACUGUUGUGGAAAUGAAACAGAUUUCUACAAGAAAUUGAAUGAAUUCCAGAAUGUCUGGAAGGACAUAGAGAUCUUGGUUUUUAGUCUAAAGUUCCUUGAUUGUGGUUCCAUGGAAGAGAAUCCUUUCAUACCAGUAGCUGCCAUUGUCACAGCUAUUAAUAAAAAAGAGACACGUACGAUUGGGUAUGAUGUUAAUGAGUUCUUGGACUUCUCAUCAUCUCAUAUCCUAAGGAUUACAGAAGCAGGAUUGAUUAGUUUUAGCUUCAAAACAAAUACUCUACAGGAGAACCCAGAUACUGUUCUUGCCCCUCGCUCAUCCUAUCAAACAGUUUGGGAAAUGUUUGCUAAACAGUCUGAAUUGGAGAGAGAUUCUUUUCUGCAAGACGUUUUCCCAAGUGGUUUCCUCUGGGGCACAUCCACAGGUGCCUUUAACAUCGAAGGAGCUUGGGCAGAGGAUGGGAAAGGAGAGAGCAUCUGGGAUCAGUUUGGGCAUGCAGGUCAUGUCUACAUGAACCAAACAGCAGAUGUGGCAUGUGACAGCUACUAUAAAACCAGCUAUGAUGUUUACCUACUUAGGGGUCUUCGUCCCCAACUGUACAAAUUUUCUGUAUCCUGGCCUAGAAUUUUCCCUGCUGGCACCAACGAGACCAUCAACUCCAAGGGUGUUGAUUAUUACAACCAAUUAAUUGACCAGUUGCUAGACUCUAACAUUGAGCCCAUGGUGACUCUGUUCCACUGGGACCUCCCACAAGCUCUUCAGGUUCUUGGUGGCUGGCAGAAUGACAGUAUCAUAGAUGCUUUUGUAAACUAUGCAGACUUCUGCUUUGCCACUUUUGGGGAUCGGGUCAAGAUCUGGAUCACUUUCCAUGAGCCUUGGGUUAUCAGCUAUGCUGGCUAUGGCACCGGAGAGCAUCCUCCAGGAAUCACUGACCCAGGAGUAGCAUCUUACAAGGUGGCUCACACAAUUCUCAAGGCUCAUGCCAAGGUCUGGCACCUGUAUAAUGACAAAUACCGUCCUCAGCAACUGGGAAAGGUGGGGCUGGUGCUGAACUCGGAUUGGGCUGAACCCAAGACUCCAACCAACUCUGAGGAUGUGAGGGCAUCUGAGAGGUACCUGCAGUUCAUGCUUGGCUGGUUUGCUCACCCUAUAUUUGUUAAUGGUGAUUACCCAGAUAUUCUGAAGGCUCAGAUCCAGGAAGUAAACCAGCAGUGCUCCACAACAGUUGCACAGCUGCCUCUGUUUACAGAAGAGGAGAAGUCCUGGGUGAAAGGGACUGCAGAUUUUUUUGGUCUUUCCCAUUACACUUCCCGCCUGGUUAGUGCUGUGACUAAUGGGACCUGCACACCAAGCUACGAGAGCAUCGGGAACUUCUCCUUGCAUGUAGAUCCUUCUUGGCCACAGGCUGCCUCUUCUUGGAUCCAUGUGGUCCCUUGGGGAUUAAGAAGGCUGCUGAAGUUUGUGUCCCAGGAAUAUACAGGGACAAAGAUCCCAAUUUACAUAGCAGGAAAUGGUAUGCCAACAGAAGACACAGGUGAUCUUAUUAAUGACACUCUGCGAGUGAAUUAUUUCCGCCGGUACAUCAAUGAGGCUCUAAAAGCGGUGAAACUAGACACAGUUGAUGUUCGGUCAUAUAUUGCUCAAUCCCUGGUUGAUGGUUUUGAAGGCCCAGUGGGGUACAGCCUAAAAUUUGGGCUGCAUCAUGUGAAUUUUGAAGAUAGCAACAGACCAAGGACUCCCAAGGCAUCUGCUUAUUUCUAUUCCAGUGUUAUUGAAAAAAAUGGUUUCCCAUCCAAAGUCUUGGACAGAUUUUCUACACCAGUGGUGUUUGACCUACCCGUGCCGUCAAAGUUGCCAAAUUUACCAGCAUCAGAAGUUCCCUCCAAGGCAAAGGUGGUCUGGCAGAAGUUUUCAUCUCAAACAGACUUUGAAAGGGACAUGUACUUUUAUGGGACAUUCCCAGAGGACUUCACAUGGGGUGUGUCUUCUUCUGCCUACCAGAUAGAGGGAGGUUGGGAUGCUGAUGGCAAAGGACCCAGCAUUUGGGAUAACUUCACCCAUGUCCCAGGGAAUAUAAAGAAUAAUGAUACUGGAGAUAUAGCUUGUGAUAGCUACAACAAAGUGGAGGAAGAUAUUUACCUGCUGAGAGCCUUAGGGGUAAAGAACUACCGUUUCUCCCUGUCCUGGUCUCGAAUUUUCCCCAGCGGAAGGAACAACUCAAUAAACAGCCAUGGAGUUGACUACUAUAACCGUCUCAUUGAUGGACUGGUUGCAAACAACAUCACUCCAAUUGUCACUCUCUACCACUGGGACCUGCCACAAGCUCUUCAGGACAUCGGUGGCUGGGAGAGCAGCGUGCUGAUUGACCUGUUUGAUAGUUUUGCGGACUUCUGUUUCCAGACCUUUGGGGACAGGGUGAAGUUCUGGAUUACGUUCAAUGAACCCCAAGUCAUUGCCUGGGUUGGCUAUGGCGUUGGGGCAUUUCCACCCAAUGUCAAUGACCCUGGCAGUGCUCCCUACAGGGUUGCCCACAUCUUACUGAAAGCUCACGCCAGGGUCUACCACACAUAUGAUGACAAAUACAGAGCGAGUCAGGGAGGGGUCAUUGCUCUGUGUCCCAACAUUGACUGGGUUGAGCCGAACACACCAAGUGACCCCAGGGACAUAGAAGCUGCAGACAGGUACCUGCAGUUUUUGGUAGGGUGGUUUACACACCCGAUUUUCAAAAAUGGGGACUACCCCGAGGUCAUGAAGUGGAAAGUUGGGAACAGGAGUGAGCUCCAGAACCUGCCAUCGUCUCGCCUCCCAGUUUUCACAGCGGAGGAGCGUGAAUACAUCAGGGGCACAGCAGAUGUUUUCUGCUUCAACACCUACACCUCCAAGAUUGUAACCCAUGCAACGACCAGGUUGAGGCCCUUCUCUUAUGAGUAUGACCAGGAAGUUUUAACAAAGGUUGACAGCUCCUGGCCUUCCUCGGCUAUUACUGACCAUAGGGCUGUGGCCUGGGGGAUGAGGAGGCUACUGAACUGGAUCAAAGAAGAAUAUGGAAAUCCCCCAAUAUACAUAAUUGAGAACGGGGUGGGGAUAAAGACCAAAUCAGAUGUUGAUGACAAUACCAGGAUAUUUUACUACAAAACAUACAUUGAUGAAGCUUUAAAAGCUUACAAGUUGGAUGGUGUUAAUCUGAGAGGAUACAACGCUUGGUCUUUUAUGGAUAACUUUGAAUGGUUGAAUGGUUACGAUCCAAGAUUUGGAUUGCACCAGGUUGAUUUUGACAAUCCUAACAGGCCAAGAACCCCAAAGCGCUCUGCUGUGUACUAUGCAGAAAUCAUCCGCAAUAAUGGUAUCCCAUUGCCAAAAGAAGAUGAAUUUUUAUAUGGAGAGUUUCCAAAGAACUUUUGGUGGAGUGUAGCAACUUCAGCAUAUCAGAUUGAGGGAGGAUGGAGAGCAGAUGGGAAAGGACUUAGCAUUUGGGACCAAUUUUCUCACACUCCCUUGAAAAUCAGCAAUGAUGACACUGGAGAUGUAGCUUGUGACAGCUACCACAAGAUUGAGGAGGAUGUGGAAAUGCUGAAAAGCCUCAAGGUGUCUCACUAUCGCUUUUCAAUCUCCUGGUCCCGUGUUCUCCCAGAUGGGACCACCAGAUACAUCAAUGAAAGGGGACUGAACUACUAUGAAAGGCUUAUCAAUGCUCUUCUGGCAGCUAACAUUAUGCCUCAGGUAACUCUCUAUCAUUGGGACCUCCCACAGGCACUGCAGAACGUCGGUGGGUGGGAGAAUGAUACUAUAGUUCAGAGGUUUAAGGAAUAUGCUGAGCUCCUUUUCCAGAGAUUGGGAGAUAAAGUGAAAUUUUGGAUAACCCUCAAUGAACCCUACAACACCGCAUAUUUUGGCUAUGGCGUUGGCACAGCUGCUCCAGGCAUCUCUGUUCGGCCAGGGCGAGCCCCUUACGUGGUGGCGCACAACUUAAUAAAGGCCCACGCGGAAGCCUGGCACCUCUACAAUGAGACCUACCGGGCAAAACAAGGAGGAUUAAUAUCUAUCACCAUCAACUCUGACUGGGCAGAACCAAGGAACCCACGCAACCAGGAGGACAUCGAUGCUGCCAGACAAUACCUGCAGUUUCUUCUAGGUUGGUUUGCUCAUCCCAUUUUCAAAAAUGGUGAUUAUAAUGAAGUGAUGAAAACAAGGAUUCGGGAACGCAGCCUGGCUCAGGGUCUGAGCCAGUCCCGACUUCCAGAAUUUACUGAAAGUGAAAAGCAAAGAAUUAAAGGCACAUAUGACUACUUUGGUCUAAAUCAUUAUACUACAGUUCUAACAUACCAUGUAAACUAUCCUGCUGGUGUUCUGUCAUAUGACUCUGAUAGGGGUGUAGCUUCAGCAACCGACCGCAGCUGGCUGAACUCUGGUUCCUUCUGGCUAAAGGUGACACCCUUUGGGUUCCGAAAGCUCCUGAGAUGGAUAAAGGAAGAGUACAACAACCCUCCGAUUUACGUGACUGAAAAUGGGAUCUCAGAAAGGGGAGCCUUAGACUUCAAUGACACUUGGCGAAUGCAUUACUAUCGGAGCUAUGUUAACGAAGCACUGAAAGCCGUUGUGCUCGACGGCGUCGACUUACGAGGCUACACGGCGUGGACGCUGAUGGACAACUUUGAGUGGGCAGUGGGCUUUGAUGAAAGGUUUGGGUUCUAUCACGUGAACUUCACAGACCUCAACUUGCCGCGGCACCCCAAGGCCUCUGCCAGGUAUUACUCACAGAUCAUAAACUGCAAUGGGUUUCCAGACCCAGCAACAGGCCCACAUCCCUGUCUGGAACUGGAGCCUGAAGUGACACCAACAGACCCCACACCAGGACCGGCUGAGAGCGUGCGCUUUUUGGGAUUAGAUUUAACAUCACAAAGUGCAGAAAUAGCACUGUAUGUGCUUUUUGCUCUUUCUGCAGUUGGAGCACUGGGCUUGGCUCUUUUUGCAUAUAAGUAUGGAAAAUUAUCCCAAAGAUCCCAUAAACGAUCACACAUGGAACUUAGUAAACUGUAA